AUGUCAACAUUUACCUUGAGCACUACUCAAAAGCACAAACCUUUAUUACUUUCUAAAGGGUUUUGUUACAUUAUUGAUAAAACAACUAUUGAUAAAACUUAUUCGAAAUGUGAACAUGCUCGAAAACUUAAAUGUAAAGGUCGAGUUCAUACUGAUUAUAUUAACACAACGUUGUUAUAUAAAAAUGAUAAUCAUAAUCAUAGCGGUAAUGCGGUUUCAAUUGAAAUUAUAAUCUUUGAAGAAAAAGCUCGUGAUCGAGCAACUAAUAGUAAUGAAACUACCCAAGGUGUUAUUGAUAAUUGUCUGACAAAUUUAUCUGAUUGUGUCGUUGCUCGCCUUCCAGACUUCAAACAUAUUAAUCUACCUAAACACCAACUCCCGCAUCAAUCAACUAAGAACGAGCAUCAUCCGCGCGACCAUUUUUACCCAACCCCUAUUCUACAAAUCGGUAUUACAGACUCAAACUAAUUCUUUCACAACUUUAGAUAAAUGUGAGGUGAAAAAUGGUCAAUGCGAUAAUAAUGCUACAUGUGACCACAGUACUUCUGACUUUGCUCA